AUGCCAGGCACCGUGGCUGACGGACCAACGGUGUCCAUGUCCUUUGCCAAUAAUUUCUGGGGAAAAGAUGAUGCGGGUCUCCAACCGAUGCUCGACCGGAUGCACGCAUCCAAGGUGACGAGUGAUGAGUUGAAAGUCUUCUACAAUCUGCGGGCUGCAAUUGAAGAUGAAUAUUCAAGAAAACUUCAGGCGCUGUGUCGCAAGUCCUUGGGCUCAGUCGAAUCAGGGUCCCUUCGCUCCUCACUCGACGUAGUGCGCGGAGAGACCGAGUCUAUCGCCAAAGCCCAUGCUGCGAUCGCGGGCCAAAUGAAGACGGAGCUUGAGGAGCCUCUGACGGCUUUCUCGAAAGGUAUCAAGGAGAGACGAAAGAUCAUUCAGGACGGGAUCGAGCGCCUUCACAAAACCAAGAUCCAACAAACACAAGUGGUGAACAAGACUCGUGAUCGGUUUGAGCAAGACUGCCUUCGAAUUAAAGGCUACCUAGCGCAAGGGCAUAUGGUGAUGGGCCAAGAAGAGAGGAAGAACAAGGCUAAGCUCGAAAAGGCUCAGAUUCAAUUAGCCUCGAACAGCGCUGAAUACGAAGCUGCGGUCAAAGUGCUUGAAGAGACCACUGGGCGCUGGAAUAAGGAAUGGAAAGCCGCUUGUGAUAAAUUUCAAGAUCUCGAGGAAGAGCGGCUCGACUUUACAAAAAGCAGUCUCUGGACUUAUGCGAACAUUGCUUCCACUGUUUGUGUGAGCGAUGAUGCCUCUUGCGAGAAGAUUCGCCUGUCCCUCGAAAAUUGUGAAGUUGAGAAAGAUAUCGUCACUUUCAUCAAGGAACGCGGAACGGGCCAGGAGAUCCCAGAUGCCCCUCGUUUCAUCAACUUUUGCAAAGAGGAUGACGAUGUGUCGGAUAUCGAUGAUGGCGAAGGCUAUUCUGUCGCCCAAUUCCAACGAGCGAUGAAUCCAUCCUUCCGCACCUCGUCACCUCAGCCGUCAACGUUCGAGUCUCACCACGACCCAAACUCUGAGCUGGCUGCACAGAUGGGCCACCCAGCACCUCCGGAGAUAGAUCACACUGAACCUCCUCAGGCGCCUCGCCCAGCACCUCCUCAAGCCAGUUAUGCUAUGCCUUUGCAAACCGGUCAUCCCGCGUCUCAUCAGAUGGAUCAGCCCCCACCAUCUCAGAUGGGCUAUUCAGUUUCUCCUCAGAUGGGUCACCCGACUCCUCAGCAGCCUCCUAGCGCCCAACAUCCCGCUCCUUUGGACCUCCGCCGAGGCGGUUACCCACCACCAAACUACGAUCCUGAACAGCAUGGCGAGAUUAACGCGGUUCCGCAUAAUGCCUACCCGACCGAUGGAAUGACAAUGUUCUGUCGCACUGGACCUCCUUCGGGACGCAGCUCCACUAGUGCUUAUCGCCCAUCCAGCCGAGACUCCCAGAGUGAAAUCUCCAAUCCAACAUCAAUUUCAAGCGUCGAGGCUCCUCUCACAACACACAAGGCUCCACCAAAGCCAACGAACAGUGCGCCCUUGCCCAGCCAGUCAGACGACAAGUCGAUCCAGAAGAAAAAGAGUGCUUUCUUCAGCAACAGUCCGUUCCGUCGUAAGAGUCGGCAUGACAAAGAUCGACCGACCAUUGGGGGACAAUCUGCUACACGCAGCCCUUGGGCCUCUCCUACCAAGCAGACAAGCCCUGUGAAGCCAGCCCCGUCCGCACCCGUCGAGAGCCAAAGCCCCGAGCCUGUUGAUCCGCGUGCCAAUUUCCAGCUGAACGUUGGCAACAAUGUAUUUGACGUCGCUUCUCCCGACAAGGCAGCCAAUGCCAAAACCGAGCCCAAAGUGGCCGAAGACGACAUGGACCCUAUUGCCCGUGCCCUGGCAGAGUUGAAGACGAGCGGGAAGCAAUCGACUUUACGUGUCUCCGCGGACAGAUACCAUGGAAUUCAGACACCUACCCCGUCUGCUCCCUCGUCUGCAUACGGCGGCAGUACUUCUGGAGCUCCGCCGGCGUACAACAACAAUACUGCCACCAACCCCCCAGUGAAGAGAUUGGAUGCUCCCGAGCCUGCUUUCACGUCGAAGCAGAUGCAGAAGACCACGCAGAAAUACACUGGGCAAACACAAAGCAUGCUGCGCGGCGCAGCCAACAACUCAAAUGUGAGCCAGGCUGCGAAAGCGGAGCCUCCCCGAGCUCGUUCUCCCGCUCCUCAGCACAGCAGCGCUUCUCGGGCUCAUUCCCCUGCUCCUUCGCGUGUUACCGUGCCUCGCGGUCACUCUCCAGCUCCCUCGCGCGGUACUGCCCCUCGAAGUCAUUCUCCCGCCCCCUCGCGCGGCGCUGCUCCUCGGGCUCGUUCUCCUGCUCCCCCACGUAGUGCCAGCCCUCUUGUAUCGUCACCUCGCCCUGACGGUCGCAUGGGUUCUCAAUAUGGUGGACCUGCUAGUCCGGCGCAGAGUCCCGCGGGUUACCCAUCUGGCAGCAUGCGCAGUCGCUACAGCCAGUCUCCACAAUUACAGCGACCUCAGGAGCCGCCAUUUUCGCCUAAUGACUUUGCACGCCGGGCCUCGCCGGCUGUGUCCAGUCGUGCCGUAUCUCCUCAGCCUCAAUUCCGUCAGCAAGCACGUCCGUCUAGUUCUGGGGGUAUGGAGCUGCAGCUGUCUAGCGGUCCGGCGGAUAUGUACGGCUCCGAUGGUUAUGGAAGCGGUUCGCGACGUGGCGAUGGUCGCCCCAUGUCACAGUAUGGAGAUAGUAACACGCCUCCUCCCGUGGGUCGUUCACGGAGCCGUACCCUCGCUGUUGCUGAGCCUGGCCGAAAGUUUAGUCGCGAUGGACGUCCCAUCCUUCACUUUGCACGUGCAAUGUACAGCUACAGUGCUGCCAUUCCCGAGGAACUUGGCUUCACCAAGGGUGACGUCUUGGCCGUUAUUCGCCUGCAAGAUGAUGGAUGGUGGGAGGCCGAGAUUACCAAUGCUCGAGGCCAUCCCGGCCUGGUGCCGAGUAACUACCUCCAAAUCAUCUAA